GGGGUGGUGGGGUGGGGUGGGGGAGGAAAGAAUGACUCAUUUGCAAGCAGGACUGUCCCCAGAAACUCUGGAGAAAGCCAAGCUGGAAUUGAAUGAAAACCCUGACACCUUGCACCAGGACAUCCAGGAAGUAAGAGAUAUGAUUAUCACCCGACCAGACAUCGGCUUCCUAAGGACUGAUGAUGCCUUCAUCUUAAGGUUUUUAAGAGCUCGGAAGUUUAAUCAUGUGGAGGCUUUCCGGCUGUUGGCUCAAUAUUUCGAGUACCGUCAGCAGAACCUGGACAUGUUCAAGAACUUCAAAGCCACUGACCCAGGGAUCAAACAGGCGCUGAAGGAUGGCUUCCCUGGUGUGCUUUCUAACUUGGAUCAUUAUGGCAGGAAAAUCCUGGUGCUUUUCGCUUCCAACUGGGAUCAGAGCAGGUACACGUUAAUAGAUAUUUUGCGUGCCAUACUGUUGUCAUUGGAAGCAAUGAUUGAAGACCCAGAACUUCAAGUCAAUGGAUUUAUUUUGAUCAUAGACUGGAGCAACUUCACUUUCAAGCAAGCCUCCAAACUAACCCCGAGCAUGCUUCGACUGGCCAUUGAAGGACUGCAGGACAGCUUUCCCUCACGUUUUGGAGGAAUUCAUUUUGUGAAUCAGCCCUGGUACAUUCAUGCUCUUUAUACUGUCAUUAGGCCCUUCCUUAAAGAGAAGACCAGGAAAAGGAUAUUUAUGCAUGGAAAUAAUCUAAACAGCCUUCAUCAGCUCAUUCACCCAGAGAUCCUGCCUUCAGAAUUCGGGGGGAUGCUGCCGCCUUAUGAUAUGGGAACUUGGGCGAGAGCUCUGCUGGAACAUGACUAUGAUGACGACAAUGAAUAUGUCAGCGAUUCCUAUAAUAUGUCUUUCAAGGAUGUUAAAAAGAGCCUGUCUCCCAAAUCCAUGAAAAGGUCCCAAUCAGUCGUUGAACCUGGAGUGUUGAAACACAUAGAGAAAGAUGACGAGAAUACUCAGCCGUUGCUUUCUCUGGAUUGACAGCUCCCAGACGGCACAUUCAUCAUGAAAAAGAAGAGAAGGCCAGAGUGCUUACUGCUCUAAUGUAAGCUAUGAUGGUGACAUGUAACUUUGUAUGAACAUUGCAAACUAGAACUAGGCUGUAAUAUUUGCAAAUCCAUCCUUGCCUGCCUGUUUGGAUGGUAACCGUCAGUGAAUGAUGUCUUUACUCAGCAAGUGGAAGUGCCAACUUUAUUGUAAAUACAUUUUCUUAUCAUUGCUGGAAAAUGUUCCGCAUCCACAGGAUUAGCGAGAAACCAAUGUAAAAUAAUAGUGGAAAUAUUUUCUGAGC